AACUUGAGAAUGUUAUGGUACACCGUCUCUGUGUCUGCUUGAUCAACUGAUGAUAGAUAGAUUUGAGGCUGCAGAUAGUCUACCUGAAAAUUAAUCUAACAAUCAGUAUAUUUUUUUUAUCGGUCAGGUCAGUGCUGUAGCAAUGCGUCGCCUCCUUUCCAUGUUUUUACUGCUAGCCAUUAUUGGGCAGCAUGUGAGCGUUCAGUCCACAGUAAGACCAUAUGAGCGGAGCACACACAGAAGUUACAAAUCAGUGUUAUCAGUGUUGACCGUGUCUAACGGAAUGUCCUGGGGGUCGUGGGGGGAUCAGGACAUGUGUCCAAGGGGAAUGUAUGCCGCAGGAUUCAGUCUGAGGGUGGAAGAAUCAUCUUAUAUUAUGAAUGAUGAUACAUCACUCAAUGGGAUUCGUCUUCACUGUGUCUAUCCAUCCAAAGGCUCACAUGAGCUCUAUGAAACAAUUGAGUCCGACGUAGGAAACUGGGGUGAAUGGAAAGAUAUCAAGUGGUGUCCUUCUGGAUUCUUAAAAGCUUUCCAGCUGAGAGUCGAAUCUUCCCUAGGAGUUGGUGAUGAUACGGCCGCAAACAACAUCAGGUUCAAAUGCAGUCAAGAUUCUGUGCUUCAGGGUGACGGCACAGCCUGGGGUAAUUGGGGCAAAUGGAGCUCAACGUGUGGUGGAACAGGAAUCUGCGGCAUCAAGACGCGGGUAGAAGAGCCAAAGGGAAGAGGAGAUGACACCGCUCUCAAUGACGCGCAAAUGUACUGCUGUGAUUAAGGUGUAGGAGGAUGACAACAAGAACAGCAAGAAGACCAAAUGGAUUAUAAUAAUUGAUCAUAAUACUACUAUCACUGAUAUCAUACUGUCAAUCAUGUUACCCUAAACCUUUUUACCUUUCUGAGGGCAUGAUUAUAUGCCCAACCUCAUUUUAAUAUCUAGAAAUAAACAUCAUCUUACAUUAUUGAAUGCCAACUAAUUUUUGAGGGAUAUUAAUCUCAAAAUAAUGCCUGAUUUAAAUCAUUAACAUUUGAGUGUUUCUUUACUUCUUGUUCUUUGUUCAUGUCAUUAUCCACAUCAUGAUUAUGACUGAUUAAUCAAAAAAUAAAAGCUUUGUGAAAAAUG